GUCGAAUUCCCCCUGCGUUGCGCUGUGCUGCGCCUUCGCGACUCUGUCGCCUUCACUUCAUUCUCACUUCACCUGCUCUGCUCCUUCACCACCCGCGUUAACUACCUCUCCACCGUUUCAUUUUAUUCACCUUUUCAUACAAUCACUUGUUAAUCAAAGCCGCUUCUGAACGCGUGCUCACUUCCAUUUAACCACCAACUACUCUGAGACUUCUUCUCUUCCACCUUGCCAUCGCUGUAACUCUCAGAACAAACCACUGCGGCUACCCUACCUGAACCUUACUCUCACCUCUGCUUGACUUGCGCAAACUCUCUGGCCUCUACAGCAACCACCUUCUUACACGAACUUCUUCCUCGACAUUCUAAUAUCAUCUUUGCCACUCCUUUCCACGAGUCAAGAUGUCUGGCAGACUAGAUCAAUCCCUGGACUCUAUCAUCGAUAGCCAGAAGAAGGCGAAGCGUGAGGUUCGUCGUCGCAAGGUUGGAAAGCCAACCGGCGCAACUGCUCCUGUUGGUGGCGUGAAGAAGUCCCACAAGCCGGCCAAGUCAGCCAUCAAGCCUGCUGCCGGCACCUUGAUUCAAGCAAAGACGAGCAAGAUCGUCGUCAGUGGACUGCCUCACGACGUGAACGAAGCCCAAAUCAAGGAAUACUUCACCAAGUCUGUAGGCAAAGUCAAGAAGGUGUCCUUGCAAUACAAUCAGAAUGGUCAGAGCCGUGGCAUCGCCGACAUCAUUUUUGUCAAGCCAGACUCUGCAGCAAAGGCCGCAAAAGACCUCAACGGAAUGUUGGUUGAUAAGCGACCGAUGAAGAUCGAAGUGGUUGUGGAUGCCAGCCAUGUACCGGAGCCAACUCCUGCGAAAUCUCUGGCAGAUCGUGUUGCCGCCAAUCCCAAAGCACAGCCCAAAUCCGCCACUGCCGACAAGAAGGUCACUGGCAAAGAUGGAGCUAAAGGCCGACCUGCCGGUAGAGCUGGAAAGCCAAAGCGAGGUCGCAACCCUCGACCCAAGCCGAAGACCGCCGAAGAACUCGACGCCGAGAUGACCGACUACUGGGCCGGUAGCAAUCCGUCUGCUGCCCCAGCAGCAUCUACCGAGGCACCCGCCGCGAAUGGUUCCGCUCCCGCAGCCAACGCUGGUGAUGACAUGGGAAUGGACGAGGAGAUUUCUUGAACGCCGCGAAUACCCUUGGGAGGGACGAUGAAGGACCUCCCGGACCAGAAUGCUAAUCAUGUGCCCAAUUUCGAGCUGGGUGAACUGCUGAACUUUCUUUCCCAACCAAGUCGAGUGGCGCAGGUCAACCCAACUUUUCAUCGGCGCUCCAUCCAACUUUGCUGUGUCUGUAUUUCAUUUUCAGGUUGUGCAUCUUCCUUCGUGGAGAGAGAAAGGGUUGCCGAGAUUGCCGAGGGGUGGGAUCGGGUUGGAUUCAGUACAGUGAUGCCAUGGGGGAAAUGGACUGUGUACCUUGAUAUUGCUGGGUUCGGUGGUGGGCUAGAUUCAUAGCUAAGCAUGCAAGUCAUGUACUAGUAUGCCAGAAGACAGGUCCAUGAACAUGCUUGCCAUCACAGAAACAAACAAAUAUGUUCCUACCAGGGCAGUUGUGUGGUGUUGUGCAGCUCAGUUCCAUUAAUUUGUUUACCGUGCAGCUAUGACUGCAUGAUUCAUUGGUUGUUGAAA